GCAUUGUAGUAUGUUGCAGGUACGGGUUUAGGAAGCUAGAUCCGGCAUGACGAUGAGUUUGACUACAGUUACCUUGUGCAAUCUUUUGUCGCUGGGUUACUGUCUGGGUACUCUUUUGGAAGGUCAAGUGACUCUUGCAGUGAACACACACACGUCGCACGUGUUCGUCUGUGUGUGUACGGAUACGGCAAGAUGUACUGCCGGCAACUGGGGCGCCCUCCUUGCGGAGUGUCGGCAGAAAGCGGAAAACGUCUCUACUGAAAUCGUUGGACAACAGACUACAACAGUCGCAGCAUCUUCGUCCUCGUCCUCGUUUUCGUCCUCGUCUUCGUCUUCGUCCUCGUCCUCGUCCUCGUCCUCGUCCUCGUCGGGCAUCAGCAGCUGUGAUGGGCGCCUGAACGGAGACUAUGCUUCUAGUUAUUCCUGUACGGAGUAUAUCACCUGCGCUAAUGAAAUCACGUUUCGUCGCGACUGCUUUCAAGGCACUGGUUGGAACGACGCAAUCAAGACAUGCGUAUAUCUCCCGAUCCCCAACUGUCCUUAAGGCUCCGGAGUUUACUGGUUAGAAUGAAGUGUUAAAAACAGAACCAUUCUGGCAACAGACAUCCAGGUUGAAGGAAUCGCUUUGGCAGGGCUUAGGCAUCCUUGUUCCAUACAUCAAAGCUUUGCUCUGAUGAAAUCAGUCUUUGGACUUGUAAUGACACAAUGACUUCUGUCUGAAAAGCCCUUUAUGCAGAACGUUCUGGUCAGCGAGGCGGCCAUUACACAGCAGCCAGGGGAGAUCACUCUGAUGACAUGUUUGACAUUGAUGCUACAUGUUGGCAACUAUAUAUGUUUAUUGAGAACCUCUGUUAGAUAUGAUAUUAAGUAAGUUUCCA